AUGGAUGCAACUUCAUCACCUAUAGCAAAUAAAGAAGCAAAGGAUAAUUGUGGAAAGAACCCGCUCAUUUGGGCAGCAUAUUAUAGCAGAUUAGAAGUUGUUAAAUAUCUUGUUUCAAUUGGAGUUGAUAUUGAAGCAACGACAAAUAGAGGACAUAAUGCUCUUAUGUAUGCUUGUGAGAGAAAUCAUCUCGAUGUAGCUAAAUAUCUAAUCUCUUCAGGAGCAAAUAAAGAAGCCAAAAAUAAUUCAGGAUUCACUCCUCUUAUUGUUGCAGCCAGUGAAGAUCAACUUGAAAUAAUCAAAUACUUGAUAUCUAUCGGAGCUCAUAAAGAUUCAAAAGAUAAUGAAGGGAAAACAGCUUUAGAUCAUGCAAAGGAAGAAACGCAAAAGUAUCUGAAAUCUGUUUGA